UUUGACAUUAAGGACACCCGUGUGUGUGUGUGUGUGUGGUGUGGUGUGUGUCAUCCACAUCUGAGGGUGUUCAAGUGUCAACCAUCCAACUCCAACGAAUGAAGCUUCCUACCAUACUUCCUACUGUUUCAGCUUUUCAACCCCAUCACCAAUAUUAAUUCAAAGCACUCUCCAAUCCAACCCCAUCUCUAUCUCACUCUUGUCUUCUAUUCUCUAACACUCUCACUCUGUUGUUUUCCUUCCCACAGUGCUCUACAAAGGAUCACUUUCAGUUCUACAAGAUUUUUUGACAAUGGAAAGUAAUGAUCAGUGUGGCCAGAGUGUUGUAAGCUUGAAGAGAAAAUCACCAGAAAUUGGAGACCAUUUACUCUUCAAUAACAUCAUUUCUCUGGAUGACCUUAAUGAAGAUCUCUUUGAAAGGAUACUUUCAUGGCUUCCAACUUCCACAUUCUUUCGCCUGAAUUCUGUGUGCAAGAGAUGGAAAUCAGUUGCAUCUUCUGCCAGUUUCAAACUUGCAUGCUCUCACAUUCCCUCAAGGGAUCCUUGGUUUUUGAUGGUUGCUCCCAACCUUAACCAAUCUGUUAUCUUUGACUCUGCUGAGAGUACAUGGAAAAGACUAAACCAUCCACCUCUUCUCCAAGAAGAAUCCAACCAAAAUUGCAUGCCGGUUGCAGCCUCUGGUGGCUUGAUUUGCUACCGUAAGUUAUGCGGAAACUUCAUUGUAAGCAACCCUGUGUCAGGAUCUUGUAGAGAACUCCCUCCACUGCAGCUUGCACCACAACACCAACCUCUCAAUGCCAUUGUGAUGAGCACAACUUCCAAAGACCAACUCUCCUUCAAAAUUGUGUUAGUCUUUGGUGAACUUCCAAAUCUCUUGUUUAAGGUCUACAAUUCAAACUCUGAAUGUUGGGAGGAUGAGACUGCAUUAAGGAGAAAAGUUGAAGAGAAUUCCAUGGAAUACGAUUAUGAUUCCCCUGAUGAGAAUGUUGUGUACUUCCUAAGCAAAGCUGGAAUUCUUGUGGCUAGCAACAUGCAGAGAAGUCCCUCCAAGCAAUAUUCGUCGGUUAUCACUAACAAUGAUGGCGAAGAGAUUGUGUAUUUUCUUAGCUCCUCAGGGAAUGUAGUAGCUUGCAAUUUGACAUGCAAGUGCUUCUUUGAGUACCCCAGGUUGUUGCCUGUUUUUAGUGAGUAUUCCAUUGAUGUUGUGGAGUGCCAAGGGGAGAUGCUAGUUGUUUUGUUAUCAGAGUUUUUGGAAACUGCUACUCUCAGGGUGUGGAAAUAUGAUGAGGCUAAUAGAGGGUGGCAUCAGGUUGCAGCAAUGCCUGCAGCAAAUUCUCAUGAGUGGUAUGGAAAGAAGGCUGAUAUUAACUGUGUUGGUGCUGGUAACCAAAUCUUUAUAUGCUUGAGCUCCACUGAGUUAUGCACUUAUAUUUUGUGUGAUUUGGAGACCAACAAAUGGGUUGAAUUGCCAAAAUGUUGCAUAAAUGGAGAAGACAUAGACUUUAUGUCUGCCUUUUCAUUUGAGCCUCGGAUAGAGGCUUCUGUGUGACAGCAAAAUGGCCUUGACUUUGAUUACCAUCUCUUGUUACAACUUUUCUUAUCUUGUACUUGAAUUGUUAAAAGGGAAAUUGGUAGCCAGUGGAAGAGAUGGAAACUAACCAAGUGAGUGAUUGCUAACUAAGAUAAUUUUUGUUUUCAUUGGUUAUUUAGGUAGAUAUUGUUUUCAGUGAUGUUACUUUCACGAAUGACCUUCUUGAUGAUUCUUUUCAUUUUUCUUGGCUUUACUUCUGAAGUGAAACAUAUGUUGGUGAAUGAAGUUGACGGGUACCUGCUUCACAUGGGAAAACAAUUAGUUCUUUGAGCAUGCUUGUUUCUCUUUCAUAUGUUGUGGCUCUUUAAGAUAGAAAAACUAUAGUUGCAACCAGACAGAACCAAACUACAUACGUUGACCAAAAUAUGUAGGAAAAAAUAUUUAAUUAUUUAAUUGGUCCCUACAUUUGUCCA